AUGUGGUUUUCCAAUGGUCUCACCAAUGCCUGUGGGCUCGCCUUCCUAGGCGCGCUGCUGCUGUCCGUAGUAGACGCGAAGCCAAUGCCAAAGGAAGGGGGACGCGACAGAAUCAGCAUCAACACCGGCUGGCGCUUCUACCGGAGCGAGUACAACACCGACAAGCUGGCCUACGACCUGAGCCGCAACGACUACGCGAACCGCACAGAUUUGACCGUCUUGAAACCGUGGAUUCUGCCCUCGGCUAAUGACUUCAUCGCAGACCCGGCCGCACGACACCGGCGCCCUUCCGGCGAGCCAACCAUCGGCAUCCCCUUUGUGCGGUCGAGCUACGACGACACCGAGUGGGAGACCGUCGACCUGCCACACGACUGGGCCAUCAAGGGUCCAUUCUACGUCGGGGACAAUGUUCCCGUCGGCGGCGGCAUGGGCCGCUUGCCCGUCCACGGCAUCGGUUGGUACCGCCGAAAGGUGGAAAUGACCAAGGCCGACGAGGGCAGGUCCAUCUACCUCGACAUCGACGGAGCCAUGUCGUACUCGAUCGUCUGGCUCAACGGCCACCUCGUCGGGGGAUGGCCCUACGGAUACUCUUCCUACCGUCUCGACCUGACGCCUUACCUCAAGCUCGGCGACGACAAUCUGUUGGCCAUCCGCGUCGACAAUCCAGGGAACUCAUCGCGCUGGUACCCCGGCGGAGGCAUUUACCGCAAUGCUUGGCUCACCAAGACAAGCCCGACACACGUUGGGCAGUGGGGCACCUUUAUCACAUCGAGGAGCGUGUCCAAAUCGUCCGCGGUCCUCGACCUCGCCGUCCAGGUCGAGAACGCUGGAGAGACCUCUCAGAAGCUGAGCGUGGUGACAGAUGUGUAUAUCCUAGACUCGGCGACCGGGGAGGCCCGUACGAAGGUGGCCUCGUUCCCGCGCCAGACCAUCACCGUCGCGGCGGGCCACAAGGUCUCGGUGAAUGCUUCGACCACUGUCAAGAAGCCAGCACUGUGGGGUCCACCGCCCUCGCAGUCGCCGAAUAUGCAUGUUGCUGUAACGCGUUUAUAUAACCGCAACAACGACAUCGUUGACACGUACUUGACCGACUUUGGCAUCCGCUCGGUCGUCUAUGACGCCGAUCAUGGCUUGCUGGUUAACGGCGAGCGGAUCCGGAUCCAGGGCGUGAACGGCCACCACGAUCUCGGCGCGCUCGGGGCCGCCUUCAACGUGCGCGCGGCCGAACGCCAGCUCGAAGUGCUCCAGGAACUAGGCUGCAACGCUCUCCGUGUUUCCCACAACCCCCCUGCUCCCGAACUGCUGGAUCUGGCAGAUAGGAUGGGCAUCCUGAUCUAUGACGAGGCGUUCGACGGCUGGCAGCUGUCCAAGAACCCGAACGACUUCCACCUUAUCUUCGACGAUUGGUCCGAGGCCGACCUUCGCGCCAUGGUGCGCCGCGACCGUAACCACCCGUCUGUCAUCAUCUGGAGCAUUGGCAACGAGGUCGGGGAGCAGACCACGGGCGACAGCGGCGCUGCCGUGGCCAGGCGGCUACGCCAGAUCGUCCGCUCCGAGGACGAGACGCGCCCCGUAACGGCGUCCAUGAACGCGGCCCGGCCGAACAUGCCCUUCCCGGGGGAGCUCGACCUGAUCAGCCUCAACUACCAAGGCGAGGGCAUCCGUGAUACGGGCCCGUACGCCGGUCUGCCGGGCAUCAGUACGCCGCCGCUCUACCUCCCCUUCCACGACGCCUUCCCGGACAAGUUGAUCGUCAGCAGCGAGACGGCGGCAACCGUAAGCACCCGCGGGACCUACUUCUUCCCCAUCACCAACUGGACGAGCGCCCCCGCGAACUACACGGUCGGGAGCGGCGGCAACGACACGCUGCUCCAGGUGAGCGAUUACGGCCUGUAUACGGCCCCGUUUGGCUCGUCGCCCGACAAGGUAUUCGUGGCGCAGGACAACGCGUCCUUUGUGUCCGGGGAGUUUGUCUGGUCCGGCUGGGACUACAUCGGCGAGCCCACGCCGUACUACGCGGCGCGGAGCUCGUACUUUGGCAUCAUCGACCUGGCCGGGUUCAAGAAGGACCGCUUCUACCAGUACCAGGCCCGCUGGCGGCCAGACCACCCCGUCGCCCACAUCCUGCCGCACUGGACCUGGGGGGCCGACCGCGUCGGCGAAGUCACGCCCGUCCACGUCUUCUCCAACGGCGACCAGGCCGAGCUGUGGGUCAACGGCAAGUCGCAGGGCCGUCUGCGGCGCGAGUCCGAGUCCGUCUACCGCUUCCGCUGGGACAACGUCACCUACCAGCCCGGCGAGGUGCGCGUUGUCACGUACAGGAACGGCAAGCAGUGGGCCAGCGAUAGGGUGGUGACGGCGGGAGUGCCCGUGGCCCUUCGCCUGAGAGCGGACCGGUCCGCGAUCGCGGGCGACGGGCUUGACCUGUCAUUCUUGACGGCCACGGUGGUGGACAGCAAGGGCAAUGUGGUGCCGCAGGCGGAUAACGAGAUUACCUUCACCGUGUCGGGUCGCGGCGGUGGCGAGAUCGUGGCGACGGAUAACGGCGACCCCCGGGAUUUCACAUCAUUUGCGUCCAGGACGCGCAAGGCCUUUAGCGGGCUUGCCUUGGGGAUUGUGCGUGCCAACCGGAAGGGAGAUAUCACGGUCACGGCUAGCGCGCCCGGCCUUGCCCGCGCCGUGGUCAAGUUGACGGCAAAUUGA